GCGGAGCCGCCGGGGGAGGAUGCGGGAGGGGAGCGCAGCCGGGGCGGGGGCAGCGCCCGGCCGGGAUUCACCGCCGCGGUCACUCCCGGCGCCGCGGGCGCUUCCUUCCCCCGCCGGGGCCGCUAUAAAGGGAGCGGCCGCCGAGCGGCGGCCCCAGCUCCGCUCCCCUCCGCGGGCCAUGCCGCUGCCGCCGCUGCUGCUGCCGGUGCUGCUGGGGACGGCGGCGCUGGCCCAGCCCCGGGAGCUGUCCCCCGCCGCCGCGCAGUGCCUGGAGCACGAGUGUUUCGCCGUGUUCUGGGCGGCCCGGCCCUUCUCGGGAGCCGGCGAGGGCUGCGAGGCGGGCGGCGGGCACCUGAUGACCGUGCGCUCCACCGUGGCCGAGGAGGCGAUCGCGCUGCUGCUGCAGAACCGCGAGGGGCGGCUGUGGCUCGGGCUGUCGCUGUCGCCCUCCUUGUCGUGCACCGAGCCCAGCCAGCGGCUCCGCGGCUUCCGCUGGGUCACGGGCGACCGCAGCACCGACUACACCAACUGGGCGCCGUCGGGGCGGCGCUGCGGCGAGCGCUGCGUGACCGUGUCGCGGGAGCUGCGCUGGGAGGAGCGGCGCUGCGAGGAGGCGGCCGACGGCUUUCUGUGCCAGUACAGCUACGGGGGCAGCUGCCCCCGCCUGGCUGCCCCGCACGGCGUCCCCGUCGCCUACGCCACGCCGUUCGGAGCCCGCGGAGCCGAGUUCCUGGCGCUGCCGCCGCGCAGCACCGCGCUGGUCCCCGCGCUGGGGCUGGAGCUGCGCUGCGAGGAUGGAGAGGGAGCGGGGCCGCGCUGGAGCCGCGGCGUUCCCGGAGCGUGGCCGUGCCAGCUGGGCGGCGGGGGCUGCGCGGGGACGUGCCGGGAGGAGGGCGGGCGGCCGCGCUGCUCCUGCCCCGAGGGCACCGUGCUGGGCGAGGACGGGCGCGGGUGCCGCUCGCCGUGCGAGGGGGCGCAGUGCCAGCACCACUGCGUGCCCGCCGGGGGCUCCUUCGUGUGCAUGUGCGCCACCGGCUACCGGCUGGCGGCCGACGGGGUCAGCUGCGAGGACAUCGACGACUGCGCCAGCGAGCCCAGCCCGUGCGAGCACCGGUGCGUGAACACCAAGGGCGGCUUCGAGUGCCAGUGCCACGGCGGCUACAGCAUGGUGGAGGGGCGCUGCCAGCCCCUGCCGCCCUGCUGGAAGACGCCGUGCCAGCAGGUCUGCCAGGAGCUGGCCCAGGGCUACCGCUGCGGCUGCCACCCGGGCUACGCGCAGGACCCGCGGAACUCCAGCCUGUGCGUGCCGUACUGCGGCGCCAGCGAGUGCCCGGCGCUGUGCUACGACAGCGGGCACUGCUUCUGCCCCGAGGGCUUCCUGCUGGACGGCGACGACGUGUGCGCCGACAUCGACGAGUGCGAGAGCGGCCACUGCCCCUUCAACUGCACCAACACGCCCGGCGGCUACCAGUGCCACUGUCCCCCGGGCCACCGGUUCCGCGACGCCGACUGCGUGCCCGUGCCGCCCGUGGGCGCGGAGGAAGAGCUCUCGGGGGAUUUCGAGCCCGUCCCGCCCUCCACGGCCGCGCCCAGCCGGCCGCCGCCCAAAGCGGAGCGGCCGCACCCCGGGGUGCUGGCGGGCGUCGCGGCGGGCGCCCUGCUGAGCCUGCUGGCCCUGGUGGCCCUGGGCUGCCACCUGGCCAGGAAGCGCUGCCGCUCCCACGGCUCCGUGGAUUGCAAGUACGGCGGCCCACGCGAGAAGGAGCUGGGGCUGCAGCCCGUGCCCUCCGCGCAGAAGCCGUAGGGAAGGACAGAAGGACGGGACGGGAGCGGCGAGGCCGAAGUGGGUGAUAUUUAUCCCCGCCCCUUGCUCCCACCCCGCUGCUGGAAUUUUGGAAGGAAAAGCCGCGAUGGCCCCGCUCGCAGAAAUGCUCUCGGAGUGCCGGCGCCGGAGAGCGGGGACAGCAGAACGCGCAGAGGCUGCUCCGCUCCUCCCUCGGCCUCCAGCUUUCCCUUUUCCGGGAAAACCGCCAGGAAAAACCCGGCAGGGACGGCUCCGUGUGGAAGUGACUCUAAAUCCGUGGGAUGAGAGCACCAAAAGGACACCUCGACCCAAAUGCCCCCUCUCCCGAGCUGGGAGCUUCCUGCUUUUCUUUGGGAUGGGGUUUGUUUUAAGCCGAGGGAGAGAGGAGCAAAAAAAUGUUGUGGGAAGCACUUGUCACCUUAAACCCCUGGUGACAGCAGGGACCCGGCUCGGUGUCACCAAGGUGGGAAUUCCUGAUUCCCAUUCCCUCCCACUAUUAUUAUUUUUUUUAUUGUUGUUUUUUUGCGGGAUGUGGAGGUUAAACAGGGACGCGAACGCUGCCGGGGUGGGUUUGCAUUGCUGCGCAGCCACGUCCAGUUCCUUCCAUAAAUUGCCUCGAAUUGUUGGAUUUGGGAUAUUUUUACCAGCCCCCCCUCCUGCCCGCAGGGAUUUUUUCCCUGUUCCCUCGUGCAGCGCUGACUCUAUCCCAAAGCAAAACAUUCCCACGGGGCGGGAUCCAGCUAUGGACUGGGGAGGGGGGAAAUUCUGGAGAAGGAUCCGGUUUUCCAGCUCCAUCCUUCCCUGGGGAGCCAGACGGGGUCCUGCUCCGGCUGCCGCGGGCUCUGGCAGCUUUAUGCCGCUGAAAUAUUAUCCCAGAGCAGCAGAAGUCUUGGAAGCCUGGGAUCAGUGCCAAGGGGUUCUGUCCCCCCUACAUUCCCACCCUGUGAACUUCCCAGCGCUGGAAUGCUAAAUCUGCGAAUUCCCGGGAAAAUCAAAACAGAGGCGUUGCAGGAAUUGUGGUUUUUUAUCCCGAAGGCUGGGUGGAGGGUCGUGUCCAUGGAUCCCUUGGGAUGGAUUGAAGUGGAACCACAUGGAGCGAGGGCUGCAAGUCUGUGGAUGUGUCAGGUUUAUUUUGGGGCAUUUUGGCUGCAGCGGGAAGGAGGGAGCUGUUGUGAUUAUCCAUAAUUAUCCCGCGCUUAUCCAGAAAGAGAUAUCGGAAAUAUAAAGGUCUCACUCGGGAAAAUAUCCAAGGAAAAGGAUAAGGUUGGAGAGUGGUUUUUAUCCAGCUCAACCUUCCUGGGUGGAUCCGUGGUUUUGCCACCACACCCCCAAAAAUCUCCUCCUCCCCUCCCUUAUCUCAAAUUCCCACUGCGGGGUUUUAUCUUAUCACGAAUUCCUUCCUUAUGGAGUCCUGAAUUCCCGGCACUCCCUGUUUUAUCCCACCCUCACCCCCGUGUCCGUUUGUAAAUCCUUAUUUAUUUCUUGGAAUUUUACCCUGCGUGCUGGAAUUGUCUCCUGGAGAUCCUGUGUGGACGCCAAUAAAGCUUUGCCAGCCUGGUUUAGA